AUGAAUGCACAAUUUUUGGAAGCGAUCGAUUUGCUACGUAACAAUAAUGUGACACAAUUUGAAAAAAUUAUAAAACAAUUUCCACAAUUACUUGAUAUACGACGUCGUGGGCGUUCAUUACUUACCUAUGCAUUACUUUAUGAUCGUUUACGAGCGCUACAAAUUAUCUCAAAGCGAUCAUCAUCAUCAUUUGAUGGUGAAGAAAGUUCAGAAAGUGCAUUACAUUGGGCUGCAAAAUUUGAUGCACGUAAAUGUUGCAAAUAUUUGCUAAGUUUACCACGGCAAUAUUCGGAGAUAUCAUGGAUUGUAAUGAAAAAUAAUCGACAAAUUACACCAAUUCAUCUUGCAGCACAUUAUGGUCAUGUGAAAAUUUUAAAAAUGUUACUACAAUCAACUGUAUUAGAUAGUGAAAAUUUUUAUCAAAUGGUAAAUGAUAAUUUUGGUCGAUCACCGUUACAUUAUGCUGCAUGUACGGCAAAAUUGGAAUGUUGUGAGAUAUUAAUUGAUGAAAGACUUGGAUUACCGGUGGAUCAGAAAGAUCGUGAUGGACAUACACCAUUGAUGUGUGCUGCUGCUAGCUGUUAUCCUGAUGCACCAGAAGUGGUACGUUUACUUGGAAGCCGAAAGAUAAGUUCAGUAACGGCUCGUGAUAAUGAUGGUCGUACAGCAUUGCAUUUAGCAGUUAUUGCACAAAAUAUAGUUGUUGUUGAUAUUUUGCUCAACGUAUUGGAGUGUCCUUCAGAGACAUUUGAUAAUGAUGCUCGUACACCGUUACAUUAUGCGGCAAAAAUUGGUUUUGAUGAAGUGGUCAAAAAAUUAUUAGCAGCAAAAGCUCGAAAUGCUACACGUGAUCGUUUUGGUAUUUCACCAGCGCAUUAUGCUGUACAAGGUGGUCAUCGUAGUGUUGUUGACCGAUUAAUGAUAUCUGCUGGUCGAAUGGAACAAUAUGAUAGUGAUGGUCGUUCAUGUUUUAUGUGGUCAGUAAUUUUUGACCAGGAAUUAUUAGUGCAACAUUUCUUAGAAUAUUAUCAACCAAAUCGUAAUCAUAAAGAUAAAUAUGGUUAUACAGCACUUCAUCAUGCCGCACAUGUUGGAAGUUUACAUUUGGUAAAAUUAUUAGUAAAAGAAGGAUGGAAUAUUCAUGAAGAGGAAGAUGCUGGUGCAACAGCUCUUCAUCUUGCUGCAGCUAAAGGUUUUACAAAUGUUGCUCGUUUACUGGUAAUGGUUGGCGCUAAUUGUGAACAUACCGAUCAACAAGGAAGGACGCCAAUAUUUUAUGCAUGUUUGGGAGGACAAGCACAUACGUUAAGCGUUAUGGUGACAGAAUUAAAUUGCAAAAUAAUGCAUACUGAUAAACUUGGACGAACUGCACUGCAUUGUGCAGCAUUUGGUGGUUAUAUUGCAUGCAUUGAAGUACUUAUUAUGAAAGCUGAUUGUCUCAUUCAUAAAAUUGAUUUGGAUCAAUUUACACCAAUUCAUACAGCAUGUGAAAGAGGUAAAUAUGAUUGUGUAAAAUAUUUACUAAAAUGUGGAGCAGCUAUAAAUGCACUUGCACGUAUUGAUGAUUGUACACCGUUAAGUUGCGCACAAGCUAAUGGACAUCAACAGAUUGUUAACUAUUUGUUGCGUAAUGGUGGAUUGUUUCCGUAUCAGCUACGAAAUUUGGCUGCAUUAAUUAUUCAAAAAUGGUGGCAACAGCAUUUAAAAUUACGACAAUUAAAUAAUCAGAAAACAAAACGAAGAAAAAGUAGAAAAAAGGGUUCAGUAAAAUGA